AUGGCCCUGGCCGCUCCCCGCAAACAACUCCGACAUCUCCAACAUCUCCAACACAGACGUCAACAAUCCCACGCCUUCUCAACCAAUCGAAAGCACAAUGCAGACUUUACUCAUGCGGUAAUUGGCGGCGGAGUCGUCGGUCUCGCGAUUGCCCGCCAACUCGCCGCACGAGAAGGCACGAGCACGAUCUUACUUGAGAAACAUGACGCUGUAGGCACGGAAACGAGUAGUCGAAAUUCAGAGGUCAUCCAUGCAGGCAUAUACUACCCCGCCGACUCCCUCAAAACCCGCCUUUGCAUCUCCGGCAAAAACAAACUCUACGCCUACUGCGCCGAAAAACAAAUCCCACACAGGAACACAAAGAAAUGGGUCGUGGCCCAGAACGAUGUUGAAUGGCAGGCAUGUCUGAAUGUGCACGAACACGCACAGAAAAUCGGCGUCCCGACUCGGUUCGUCAGUCAAGAAGAAGCGGCGCGCAUAGAGCCCGAUGUGCGGGCUGAGGCCGGGAUAGUUGAGUCCCCCACAACGGGAAUAGUGGAUGUUCAUUCAUUGAUGGCCUCCCUUGAAGGCGAUUUUGAGAAUUUGGGAGGUGAUAUUGCUUUCCAGACGGAGGUUACACGUAUUGAGCCGAUUGAUAGUGGGAAGGGUGGAUAUGAGAUUUUUGCCUCAUCGCCGGGCGAAAAUGGUGAAGAAUCAUCGAUAACGGCAGAAACAAUUAUCAACUCCGCGGGCCUCUACGCCUGUCAUAUAAACAACAUGAUCCUCCCACCUUCUCGGCAUCGACAACCCUUCUACGCCAAGGGGACAUAUUUCUCCUACGGCGCCUCACGCCCCAAACCAUCAACACUAAUCUACCCGGCCCCCGUACCCGGUCACGGCGGUCUAGGGACACAUUUGACGUUAGACAUGGGCAACAGAAUCCGUUUCGGGCCAGACGUAGAAUGGACCUCCGACCCAACAGACUACAAACCGUCACCGGCACGCCUGGAACAAGCCCUUCCCGAAAUUCGACGCUACUUACCUGCCAUUGACGUUGAUGCUAUCGAGAUUGAUUAUUGCGGUAUUAGACCAAAACUAGGCCAGGGGAGCGCGAACACGGCGGGCAAAGGGUUUCAGGAUUUUGUGAUUGUCAAAGAAGAUGGGUUUGAAGGGUUUGUGAAUUUAUUGGGGAUUGAGUCUCCUGGGUUGACGAGUUCGUUGGCUAUUGGGGAGAUGGUGGAGGGGUUGCUGUAUCGAUAG